AUGUCGUUCUUUGGAUUUGGCAAGAGCAAGACACCCGAGUCAACGGCUACGGACUCGGACUCGUACGCGUAUGAAGAACCUUCGUAUGAUUAUAGUGCACCAUCGGUACCCUCGUCUUUUGAUUCGUCCAAUUCGUCGUCUCUUGGCGGAAAUGGCACGUCCUCUGGCACUGCAGAAGUACAGCAGAUGAUUAUGGAAGAACAGCAACGUGCUAUGAUUCAACAAGCAAUCUCCAAGAUUACAGCAUUGGCUUGGGACAAGUGUAGUGCCAAUAAACCCGAUGCUGAGCUUUCAUACAAGGAAAAAGACUGUAUCAAGAACGUGACAUUGGCGUACCUCGACACGAGCAUGUUUGUGGUCCACCGACUUAACAAAUCUGGUAGUGCUUGA